AGGUUUAUAAAGGCAUUCUAGCUGAUGGUACAGUUGUUGCCAUAAAACGUGCACAAGAGGGAUCCUUACAGGGUGAAAAGGAGUUCUUAACAGAGAUAGAACUGUUGUCAAGGUUACAUCACAGAAACCUCGUGUCUUUAAUUGGAUAUUGUGAUGAAGGCGGUGAACAGAUGUUGGUCUAUGAGUAUAUGUCAAAUGGUACUCUAUGGGAUCACCUUUCUGCCAAGUGUAAAGCACCUCUUAGUUUUUCUAUGAGAUUAAGAAUUGCCCUGGGAUCAGCUAAGGGCAUCCUCUACCUACAUACAGAAGCUAACCCUCCAAUAUUUCACCGAGAUAUCAAGGCCAGCAACAUAUUAUUGGACUCUAAGUAUACUGCAAAAGUUGCCGAUUUUGGACUUUCGCGACUUGCCCCAAUUCCAGAUAUUGAAGGGACUGAGCCUGCUCAUAUAUCCACACUUGUGAAGGGGACACCGGUUAAUGCCGCUUAUCAAUCUGGUAUGAUCUUUUCGGUUGUUGAUGAGGGAAUGGGAUCUUGUCCUUCUGAAUGUUUGGUGAUAUUCGCAACUUUGGCCCUCAGGUGUUGCGAAAAUGAGACAGAUGCACGACCUUCAAUGGCAGAGGUGGUCCGAGAACUUGAACGUAUAUGGCUUCUGAUGCCCGAGUCCAACAUCGGAAUAGCAGACCCCAUGGCCGUUGCUGCUGAAAAAUUAAAAGUAGUCACUCCACCAUCAUCAUCCUCUACACUGAAGAAUUCUAAUAUGUGGUCAGAUGCAUCUGUAUCUGGGAGCAACCUUGUUAGUGGAGACAUUUCAGACAUCACGCCUAGAUAGAAAACAUUUUCAUUGUCAACUUGGUUUUUGAUUUUGUUUGUAGUCUUCUCCGUCUUUGUUUUGGAAAAAUUAUAGUUAGAACAGUAGAUGGUAUGAUAAUGUUGCUAUAUAAACUGACAUUGUAAAGUAAACAGAGUUAUUGAUAGUGAAGUACAAUUAAUAGGAUAUAUAAUUUACUGCUAAUAAGUUUAUGGAGUAUAUGUUGUCUGAUUUGACACAAAAGGGUGCUGAAAAUCCUGAAAAAGCUACGAGUCUGGCAAAAAAGAUUUGGUUGAAGCUCUAUAGUUUUGAAAUUUGGCUU